GCCAAGCAUACACGUUGACUGGGUUUGGCACCUCUGUACUGUGUAACAAAAAGUCAAGGCCGAAGCAAUCUCACAUAGCAAAGCGAGAUAAGCGGACACUUAAUAGCCACGAGGUUUAUAAGACUCUUAGUUUAUACUAAAUGCUCAUAACAGGUAUAACGUCUCGUUGUUCACCAUAAGCAAAUCGUAGUCUGCCUCGUCCCGUCGUUAUCGAUGAAAAAUCUGUAGUAUACAGCAUAAUGCACGAGGAUUCUCGGGACUAUCUGGAAAAUAAAAAAGGCAUUCGAGACCGUUCUUUCUGAAGCAAGUCUACAGACGUGGCGAUUGUACGUCCAGCCAUCAUAAAUUCGAUAAUUCGUUUAUCUUCUUGCACCGCAUAGACAUGUGACCACAAUAUUCCUCAUAACUAGAGACUAGAUGUGGGAUGACACCUGGUGUUUAGAAAAGGGAGUGACCGGAGGAACGAUUCUAGAACAUUUGCCAAGAAAAUAUGAAGUAUAACAUAGAACUUACAGCGAAUCUCGAGCCAGAAUCUCAAAGAAAUGGGACUGUCUGGCUUCUAGCGCGAGAAAAAAUCUCACAGCUCUCACGGUUCCCACUGCAGUCGUGGAAAGGAUUUGCGACUAUCAAGAUUGUUCACAUUGGACGAUGGAAUUCGUCCAAGAUCGAAUUCUGUUGGCGUUCGGUAUCUCGAGAACUGCACAAAGAGUCGUUUUACAAUCCUCCUAACACCGCCUGUUCUGUCGUCAGAAUUUUCGUCGUCGGACAACUGUCACUUUCAUGUAUCCUUUAGGAAAGUGGGUUCACAAAAUUCUAAAGCUUGAAGCUCAAACGAGAUUUCUCAACGACACAAUUCUUGGAUACAGGAUAUGUUCUGCAUAAUGCGCUCUCUUGCUCAUACAUCACACGAAGAUCUUUUCCAAUCUUAACUCAUUUAUUCUGUUUUCUCCUCAAUUUGCAGUUGUAAACCUGAUUCGGCUCGACGACCGUUCCCAUUUAUUGUUCCAC